AUGUCAGUGUCAGAAGAGCGUCGUGUGCGCCAGCUUUUAAUGGAAGAGGAGCUUGGCGAUCUUACCCCAUCCCAGUUUCUCCGUCAUCUGCGAUCCUUGACUCAAAGUGGAAAAACCGGCCUCAGCACCGACACAAUUGCUAUCACAGAUGACAAGAUUAUAGAGGUACAGCCUAAUACAUUACUACUCGCAUCCUCCACCUCUGGUGCGGUCCAUGCCAUUUCUACUCCGCCUGCAACCGUAUUCGACCCAUUUUCCCAGCGGUUGGACGAACUUUUACGUCAGAUUUCUGAAAUUCAGAUCGAGAUAAAAUCAAUCAACCGUCACUCUCGAUCACGAAACCACACUUCAUCGGGUGAUCGUCGCAACCGUUCUUCGUCUGCAAAUUCCACAUCCAGAACCACACAGGCUCCGACAUUUGUUGUUUUCCUCGGACAUUUCUCGCCGAUCGUCGAUGCCGUGUCAGCUACGAACUCCGUGCUGCCAACAACUCCAUCAUCCAUACCUGGCGUUUUAACACUAAAUUUAAAUUUUGGACUUCGACGUACCUGUGUUUGGAAUUUUGUCAUCGUCGACGUGAGUGUUCCUAUCCUUAGAUCCGAUUUUCUGGCGCAUUUCGGACUUCCACCUGACUGCUGCAAUAAACGCCUCAUCGACAGCAUCACUGGCAUCUCCACUUCUUGCCAGUCAGUCAGCAUUCCCCAAGUCAGCAUCAAGGCCAUUAUUCCCGAUUCGCCUGACAACACCAUCCUGUCAGAGUUUCCUGCGCUCAUUCGCCCUGCUGGAACGUUCCGAGAGGUCCGCCAUUCCACGUUUCUUCCCGCCCUCGACGUCUUGCCCCUGAUCGCCUAG